UUAGUUUGUUGUGGAGCGGACGUGUCAAUCAGGUGUGUGACUUCCGCCGAGCGCGCGCACCACAUGAAGCUGACUGACUUGGCCAUGGCGGGAAAAGGCGCAGAAGGUUCCAUCAAAUGGCAGCUGUGCUACGACAUCUCGGCCAGGACUUGGUGGAUGGAUGAGUUCCAUCCGUUCAUCGAGGCUCUGCUGCCGCACGUGCGCGCCUUCGCCUACACGUGGUUCAACCUGCAGGCCAGGAAGAGGAAGUACUUCAAGAAGCACGAGAAGAGGAUGUCCAAGGAGGAGGAGCGUGCCGUCAAGGACGAGCUGCUGGGCGAGAAGCCCGAGGUCAAGCAGAAGUGGGCGUCCCGCCUCCUGGCCAAGUUGCGCAAGGACAUCCGGCCCGAGUUCCGCGAGGACUUCGUGCUGACGGUGACGGCCAAGAAGGCGCCGUGCUGCGUGCUGUCCAACCCCGACCAGAAGGGCAAGAUGCGGCGCAUCGACUGCCUGCGUCAGGCGGACAAGGUGUGGCGCCUGGACCUGGUCAUGGUCAUCCUCUUCAAGGGAAUCCCUCUGGAAAGUACGGACGGCGAGCGCCUGGUCAAGUCGCCGCAGUGCGCCAACCCCAGCCUGUGUGUGCAGCCGCACCACAUCGGCGUGUCCGUCAAAGAGCUGGACCUCUACCUGGCCUACUUCGUGCACGCAGGUGAGUCAGUCAAGAAAACCUCAGCAGGUUUUGCAAUGUGUUCACCAGGUCUCGGGGCUCAGGCAGGGAGUCCAAACCUUUUCCAGAAAAAUCUAAGUAUGCGGGCGCCAAUUUUAUAG